ACAAGUUUAAAAACAAAGAAUAAAACAAAAACAGAGAAAGGUAGCCAUUACUUUUCUUCGUGAUCGUGAUCGUAUUCGUCAUUUAUCAUUUGCCUUUGUUUUAUCCAAGGACUCUAAUCCAAUAUUCUUAGCGCCAAACACACGACCAGAUGAAAAUUCUGUUUGUUUUAGUGCAAUUUGAUUGAAUUGUAGAAACGAAAUGAUGACGAUGGAGGGAAUGAUGGAUACAGCGGUGCUGGAUGAUAUAAUCAGGCGUCUAUUGGAAGGGAAAGGAGGGAAACAGGUGAAGCUUUCGGAGGUUGAAAUUCGCCAGCUCUGCGUCAACGCCCGCCAAAUCUUCCUCUCUCACCCCAAUCUCGUCCCUGUCCACGCCCCUAUCAGGAUCUGCGGUGACAUACACGGUCAGUAUCAAGACCUUUUGAGGCUCUUGGAAUAUGGUGGAUAUCCCCCAUCUGCAACUUACCUCUUUCUCGGAGAUUAUGUUGAUAGAGGCAAGCAGAGUUUGGAAACAAUAUGCUUAUUAUUGGCUUACAAAGUAAGGUAUCCCAGUAAAGUUUUCCUCUUGAGGGGAAACCAUGAGGAUGCGAAGAUCAACCGUGUUUAUGGAUUUUAUGAUGAAUGCAAGAGGAGGUUCAAUGUACGUCUUUGGAAGAUAUUCACCGACUGCUUUAAUUGUUUGCCCGUUGCUGCACUCAUAGAUGAAAAGAUACUCUGCAUGCACGGUGGACUUUCUCCAGAGCUCAAAAAUUUGGACCAGAUCAGAGAGCUUUCGAGGCCAACUGAGAUUCCCGAUAGUGGUCUAUUAUGUGAUUUGCUUUGGUCCGAUCCUGAUGCCAAGAUUGAUGGCUGGGCUGAUAGUGAUAGAGGCGUUUCUUGUACUUUUGGGGCUGGUGCAGUUGCCGAGUUUUUGGAUAACAAUGAGUUGGAUCUCAUUUGCAGGGGUCAUCAGGUGGUGGAGGAUGGAUAUGAAUUCUUUGCCCAAAGAAGACUUGUGACUAUAUUUUCCGCCCCAAACUAUGGCGGAGAGUUUGACAAUGCCGGCGCCCUUUUAAACGUAGAUGAAUCGCUAAUAUGUUCGUUUGAGAUACUAAAACCUGCACCAAGCAAUUCAAAAGUUCCUCUAAAGAAGCCUCCCAAACUUGGAGGCAGCAUGUAGACCAGAAACCGUAGAUGAACGAUUGUCACAGGGAGUAGGAUGAGGAGAAGCCUGCUUUUCUCUCUCUGUUUCGUACAUAUAUAGCGUCAGCGUUGAAGAAACUACAUGUAAAUUGGGAUAGAAGGAAGGUGCUGAUGUUAGAUGGUUGAAGAGAAACUUAUUACUAUAUACAGUGUUGCAUUUGGGUAAAGCUAAUAUAUAUUUGGUGUUGAGAAACUUGAAACGCAGUGAAUUGUGUUUGUGUAUCCAUUUCUGACUCAUUGUACUUUAUUUUUCUCCAUAGUCCCCACUCAUCAUCUAUGCAUCUACUUAGAAUGUAAUUGCAAGAAUUAUUUCAUCUUCGAUGAUUAUAUGAUACCUUAAUUUGCAGGAA